UAUGGGAAAAGACGUACGGUAUAUAUAUAGCAAAUUGAAUGGGCUCUCACGGAUUUUUAGCCAUGAUCUGGACUCUGAAGGUGCUAUUCUUCAUUUCUGCGGCGAUCUUCGUGUCGGCCUUUUCAACUAACAAAACCACCAGAGACAUUUUGGACGAAUGGAGGGAGCGCACGAAGCAAGAACAUCCGGAGUGCUUAAAAUCGACGGGGGUCAAGCAAGAGUACGUUGAUCAAUAUUGGGAGUCGGUUCAGAUGGCCGACGAUGAGAACUUCAAAUGUUUCCUUUGGUGCGUGUUUAACGGAUUUAAGGUUAUAAACAAUGACGGUACCGGCAACGAGGAGCUGAUCGUUCAAACUAUAGAUAGGAUGACCAACGAAAUUGUGGAGUUCUGCAUGGAAAAGGCUGACAAGAUGCCUGACAAAUGUAAACGCACUUACGAACUGAUCAAUUGUUGCACACGUUACAAACACGCUUACGUUUAGGGAGGUUUAGAAAAAGUACGUUUGAAUCCGUGGAAUAAGGUUUUUUUUUUAUAUUAAAGUCACAUGAUAAUUUAAUGUUUGUAUUAUAUUGUUGUGCGUAUAUGGUGACAAUACACUCUCCAACUGA